AAUAGUAGUACACUUUUAGGUUGGGGCGGGGGCGAUUCUGUUUAAUGUACGUGUUGUUUUGUUGCAUGUGAUUGCCUGUUGGUAGGCGCUUAAUGGGCUGAAAUGAUAGUCUCUAACAUUUGCCGGUGGGGUGCAAUCCGUAGGCAUGAUGCCAUUUGCAAUGUAUUUUGGCGGACAGACACACGCAAAUCUUUGUCCUUUUCUGCUGUUCGACUGGAUGCCAGUUUUCCGCUCCUGAAGGUUGAUGUCGAUUGCACUGAUCAGGCAUAUCAGCAGGCUGCAGCAACAGGCUUGAAGUCCAUUGAGCAACUUGACAAGAUCAUGACAGUGCUUGCAAAUGGAGGUGGAGAGAAGGCCAGACAACGCCACACUCAGCUCAACAAGAAGAUGCUUGUAUGGGACAGGAUUGCCCGUUUAGUGGAUCCCAAUACAGAGCUGAUCAACCUCGCUCCUCUGGCUGGCCUCUCCCUGGAGUAUGGAGAUGUACCCUAUGGGGGUGCAGUUUGUGUCAUUGCCAAGGUGAAGGGGCGGUACUGCGUGAUCAACGCCAAUGAUGGGACUGUGAAGGGAGGCACCUACUUCCCCAUAACAGUCACAAAGUCACUGCGGGCACAGCAGAUCUCUGCGGCCAGCCGGCUGCCGUCCAUCUGUCUGGUGGACAGCGGCGGUGGCUUUCUGCCGCUGCAGAGCCAGCUGUUUCCGGACAAGCAGCACGGCGGCCGCAGCUUCCGCAACCAGGCGGUGCUCUCGGCCGACGGGAUCCCGCAGGUGGCGGUCGUCUGCGGCAGCUGCACCGCCGGCGGUGCGUACGCACCGACCAUGUCUGACGAGGCUGUGAUGGUGGACCGGAUCGGUACGCUAUUUCUGGGAGGACCGCCGCUGGUGCGUGCCGCCACUGGCGAACAGGUCACCGAGGAGCAGCUCGGUGGCGCCACACUGCACUGCAGCGUGUCCGGCUGCUGCGACAUGUUUGCCGCGGACGAGGAGGAGGCGCUCAGCACGACGCGUGACGUCAUCGACUCGCUCAACCUGCCUCCGGCCGAGGCGAGCCAACACGAGCCGCCGCUCCUGCCGUCUGCCGGCCUGGACACGCUCUCAGGCCUGGACCAUCUUUCGCACUCGGAAGUGCGAUACGUCUUAGGGACCAUCCUAGACGGAAGUCGCUUUCGAGAAUUCAAAGCUACCUACGGCAAGAGCGUCAUCACUGGUUUCGGAAAGCUUAACGGGCGGCUGGUUGGCGUGGUGGCCAACCACGGGACGGUGACGUCACGCGACGCCCUGAAAAUGGCGCAUCUGGUGGAGCUCUGCGACCAGCGUGGCAUUCCCCUUAUCUAUCUGCAAAACUCGCCAGCUGACGCAGCGGCGGACUGCUCAGAUCCUGAGGUUCUGAAGUGUCGCAGCCGAGCGGCCGCCGUGCUGGCCACCACCAGAGUGCCUCGAAUCAGCGUCAACCUCACCGGCUGCCACGGCGACCAGCACCUGACCAUGUGCGGCGUAGCGUUUGAGCCGAACUUCUACUUCGCCUGGCCACGCGCCAAGUUCUCGGGACCGGCGAUGACAGCUGGCGCGGAGCCGUCGGCGGCGUCCGCCGCUCCGCCGCCGCCGCCGCCGCCGCCGGCGGCAGCCACGGGCAAGGCCAAGACCGGGCCGCCGCCGCUGGUGCAGCUGGACAGAGACUCGAGCCUGUUUUACGCCUCGCGGGUGCUCAUCGACGGCGUUAUCCGCCCCCGUGACACCAGGAAGAUUCUGGAGACGAGCCUGGACGUGGUGACAUGGAACAUCACCCUGGAGGAGCGGCGCCACCCCGUGAUCCGGAUGUGAGCUGUGCUGAGAGCUGGGCAGUCGUUCCGUGGCGGACGGAUGGCCAGUCCGCCACGGGACCAGCGGAGAGGCCGCUGGCCGUGUGACCCACAGCCGCCGCUGGUCAUCGCAGAUGUGACCGGUCCUAGGCAGGGCUCGUAGCUCGUAGCGUCGGUACAAUUUUUACGCAGUCGGCGGUUCAUCGCCGAUUGUUUUUCAUGGUGUUUCCGCGGAGUGAUUUUGGGCUCUUGCCCGCGCGUUGUUUUCUGUCGCCCUGUAGCCACGAACUCAAGGUGUGUUGUGGACUUGCGGCAUGAGAUGACUUGCAUCAUGUAGAACGAGGGGACGUACUACGCGCAGCAUAAGGGGACUGUUACAACACGCAGCAUGAGAUGACUGUUACAACUUGCAGCAGGUUACUGAUACGACUUCCAGCACGAGGGAAAAUUUACAUUGACCCCGCCCUUAGCGUAUGUUAAAGUGUGUUCAUAAGUGUAACGUUAUGAAGCCAUGUGGUAUAAUGUAUCUGUGGAGAUGCCUAUCCAUCGACAUACACUUCAGGGGUGAUGCCAGGAACUUCGCUUUCUGUCGAGUGCCACACUUGAAAUUGAUCAACAAGUAAUUCCAUAUGUUUUGAUUGGUAAGAUACAAUAUACCAAAGCCACCAA